AUGAUUAACUACAAGUUGACGUACUUUGAUGGACGUGGGCCUGCUGAAACGGGNUUAUUCUUGUUCGUCGUGGCAGGAGAAGAUUUUGAAGACGUGCGGGUUACGUUUGACGACUGGCCGAAGCUCAAGGAAGAUAUGCCGUUUGGUCAACUUCCGGUGCUGGACAUUGAUGGAAAGCAGCUCUGUCAGUCAUUCGCCAUUGUUCGCUAUUUGGCCAAACAAUUUUGUUACGCUGGUAAAAACGCAUGGGAAGAAGCUUGGGUCGAUUCCAUUGGUGACCAAUUCAAGGAUUUCUUCUACAACGAAAUUCGACCUUAUAUCAGGACGUUGCUAGGAUUUGAGAAAGGCGAUUUGGCUGCCUUGGAGAGGAACAUUGUCCCAGCCCAUGAAAAACGAUUUACAUUCAUGACAAAUAUUCUCAAAAACAAUCCGUUAGGAUACCUUGUUGGAGACUCGUUGACGUGGGCUGAUCUGUACUUAGCGGAGACAGCCACUUGGAAUAAAAAGUUUCCAAAUCUCUAUGACGGCUUCCCAGUGGUAAUGAUUACGGUGAAAGAACAUGUAGAGAAGAUACGUUCCAUUCCAGAACUGAAGAAAUAUAUCGAGAACCGCCCCGAUACCAUCUUCUGA